AUGUCGUCAGACAGUUUCUUCGACGCCGUCAAGUCGCGCCGCACAUAUUAUCAGCUCUCUGGUGAAUCUCCCAUCUCAGACAAGAGGAUUCACGAGAUUGUUGACGCUGCCGUCACACACGUGCCCAGCUCUUUCAACUCGCAAUCCACCCGCGUGGUUGUCCUGUUGAAUGAAGAGCACAAGAAAUUGUGGGGCGAUAUCGUCAUCCCCAUCAUUAAAUCCGUCGCACCUCCAGAGGCAUGGCCAACGUCCGAGCAGAAGCUCAAUGGCUUCAAGGCGGGUUAUGGCACAAUCCUGUUCUACGAAGAGCCAAAGGACGUCGCCAAGUUGCAGGAACAAUAUCCGCUAUAUGCCGAUAAGUUCCCGCAAUGGAGCGAGCACACCAACGCCAUGCACCAGUAUGUCUUGUGGACUGCUCUUGAGAAGGAAGGCUUCGGCGCCAACCUGCAACAUUACAACCCCUUGAUCGACGAGAAGAUUGCCUCGACCUGGAACGUCCCGCAGAACUGGAGCUUGAAGGCUCAACUGGUAUUCGGCAAGCCUGCCGCCGACACCUACCCCAAGACCUUCAAGCCUCUAGAGGAGAGAGUCUUCAUUCACGGUGCCAAGGAGUAG